AUGGAGGUCUUGCGCGAACAUGUAGAUGCUAUCGCUUUGAGCGAAAACUUUUCAGUCAAUGGAUUUCGCCUGAUGGUGGCGUUGGCAAGUUGCAGCCUCAUAGCGCCGCUCAUCCACCUUGCGCCCGGCGAGAAGUCCCGUCACUUGUUUAAUACGGUGGUGGGACUAAUAAUUGGUCUCUUUGUGUUUGAUCUGGCUGUGCUCCAUACCAUUGGGUCAGCCAUCGCAGUCUAUGUGCUCAUGAUAGUGGCUCCAAGAGAGUUCGUCGGACGCAUUGUAAUGUCGUUGCUUUUAUCGUAUCUUGUCGCAGUCCACUAUUACCGCGAAUUCUACAGUCCAGACCUUGUGUGGGACUCGGCCCAGAUGGUUUUGACUCUCAAGCUUAGCAGCGUGGCGAUCAAUUACAGCGAUGGCUGUCUACCCAAGGAGAAGAAAACGCCUACAAUGCAAAAAAAUGAACUUCAAGAAAUACCGGCACUGAUUCCGUAUUUAGGUUUCGUAUUCUUCUUUCCAACCUAUUUGGCUGGCCCUGCUUUUGAGUACAAAGACUACAUAUUUUGGAUGAAGGAGAUUCGUGUUGCUCAAUUUUCUGUCCACCUGCGAAAUAUAUUUCUUAUUCUGGUUUCGGCAGCUGGGUUCUUCGCUUCAAUCCAAUUCCCUGUUGACGCAAUUGACUCACCUGACUUCUUUCCCAAAUCACCUUGGGUAUUACGCUGUCUUCUAAUGUGCAUUCCUGUCGUCUUGUUCCGUUUUCGAUAUUACCUGGCGUGGUCUCUGGCUGAGGCGGCAAGUGCAGCCGCUGGUGUUGGCUACGUACCGGCCACGGGGAGAUGGAAUGGUAUCACCAACAACGACAUCCUCUGUGUAGAGAUACCUACAAAUUUCCGUGUAGCAAUCAACAACUGGAAUAUAGGAGUCGCGCGUUGGAUCAAUACAUGUACGCUCAUAUCGACAUAG